CGACAUAAAGCAUUGAUCAGGUACCCUCCUCCGUAUGACAAGUCAAUAAAUAGGGACCGCUCCACAGCGCAUCAAAUGACAAGCAUCCAAUCCUGUCAGUUUCCGUCGUCCUUUCAAGUGGCACAUGAAUUUGUGCCACCCAUCGUCCCCUGAACAUCCCGGCUUCUGGAAGAUUGCCCUUUUCAUUCUAGUUCAGUUUAUUUGCUCCAUCGCUCUGCCAAGCAAGGGGGGGCUCGUUUUCCUUGCAGGUCACCUGGAAAAAGAAAUGAGAAAUCUUCCUUGCGCCAUCCAUCUGCUCGGCAUGUGGUUCACUAGGAAUGCCGGCGUGCGCUUGUUGGCAACUGGAGUUUCUGGGCUUAUACACAGCACAGGCGGGCAACGAGGCCUCUCACCACGUCUCCCGCAGCGGCGUGGGCGGCUCUCAGCUGAAGUCGUCAUGCGAGUGUCGCGAAGAAUUACUUCUCUUGCAUCACAUAAAACCCUCCAUGAACUUCGCAAGCUUCCGGCGGCUCCAACAAGCACGCUAAUCCAAUUAAGUUACUUACCAGGAGCAAGAGGGGCGAGGAUCUCCAACACGACGGGACUCAGCAAGGAUCAAGCAGCUUUGCCUACCAAUAUUCCGGCGUUGAGGGAAGUUUUGGAACAUAGCGCUCCUGUAUGUAGGAUCUACUUCCCACUGUCCCAGCUGAGUUGAUGAGAGCGGUUCAAAAGGGGACAUUCUCUUCAUUAUCAAGCAACCUCGAUGGGACGCUCGCGCGCUUGCUGGUCUGAUGUGUACGUAGGGUAACGUUAGUGUCUUGUACUCCUUACGGUUACCUCCGUAGAUGUAUCCGUAGCCACGAUCGACGUUUGGCUGAUCGGCUGGUCUCUGUC